AUGGCCUUCAACUACCCGGUUGCCAGGAGGAACGAGAGCGUCGUGGACGAUUUCCACGGCACCAAGGUCAAGGACCCCUACCGUUGGCUCGAGGCUCCCUACUCGCCGGAGUGCAAGGAGUUCGUGAAAAAGCAGAACGCCAUUACCCAGCCGUACCUGGAAAAUUUUAAAUACAGAGAGGAAAUCAAGAGCCGCUUCACGCAGCUCAUGAACUUUCCAAGAUACUCGUGUCCCUCGCACCAUGGCGACCGCUACUACUUCAUCAAAAACUCCGGCCUCCAGAAUCAAGACGUUCUGUACGUGCAGGAUGAUUUACACGGCGAGGCCUCCAUGUUUUUCGACCCGAACGAGCUGUCCGAGGAUGGCACAGUGGCGAUGACUCUAUUUAAUAUUUCCGAGGACGGCAAAACCAUGAGUUACAGCCUGAGCAAAAGUGGAUCAGACUGGACCACCAUCCAUUUUAGAGACAUCGAAACAGGGUCUGAUUAUCCGGAGGUGCUGGAAAAGGUCAAGCAUUCCCCGCUGACGUGGUCGCAUGACAACAAAGGAAUCUUCUAUGCCAUGUAUCCGGAAGAGCAGGGAAAAGCAGACGGCUCCGAGACGGAGUCGACGGGCUCCGAGACGGAGUCGACGGGCUCCGAGACGGAGUCGACGUUGAACCAAAAGCUGUACUACCACAGGCUCAACACCCCACAGUCGGAGGACGUUUUGGUCGUCGAGUUCCCCGACGAGCCGCGUUUCUUAAUAGGUGCUUGUGUGAGCCACUGCGGCAAUUUCCUGAUCGUCUUGCCAGCGAAGGAAUGCAAGGAUAAUUUGGUGUUCUUUGCCGAGAUCGGCUCUCUGCCUGAUGGACCUCAAGGAUUGCUGCCUCUCACCCAAAUCGUGCACAAAUUGGACUCUGACUAUAAGUACUUGACAAACGUGGGGUCCAAGUUCAUCUUCCGGACAAACAAGGACGCACCCAACUACCGUUUGGUUACCAUCGACCUGGAAAAUCCGAACAUGGACCAGUGGAGGACCCUGGUGGCUGAGCACCCGAAGGACGUGCUCGACUGGGCCGUCCUCUCGAACAAAGACAAACUCGUCGUUUUCUACAUCCACGACGUCACGAGCUUGCUGCAAAUCCGAGAUUUAGCCACCGGAAAUCUGAUCACGCAGCUGCCCCUGGACGUGGGCAUGGUGACCAGCGUGUGUGCAUAUUGGAAGUACCCAGAGUUAUUUUUCAGCUUCUCCUCGUUCCUCACGCCGGGAGUGAUUUACAUGUGUGACCUGUCAAAGCCUAUCAUUGAGCCUGUGCCGUACAGAAAAAUCGAGCUGAAGGACUUCGACGCCUCGUCCUACAUGGCGGAGCAGGUGUUCUUCUCGAGCAAGGAUGGUACCAAGGUGCCCAUGUUCAUCGUGCGCAAGAAGGACUUGAAGAAGGACGGCAGCAGUCCAUGCCUGCUGUAUGGAUACGGCGGCUUCAACAGCAGCCUAACGCCUGACUUCUGCGUCACGAGACUGGUCUUCAUGCAGCAUUUCGACGGAGUCUUCGUCUCUGCAAACAUCAGGGGUGGAGGAGAGUACGGUGAGUCGUGGCACAACGCUGGCCGACUGUUGAACAUGCAGAACGGUCUGGACGAUUUCCAGGCCUUGGCCGAGUACCUGAUCUCGGAGGGGUACACGAGCAGCCCCCGUCUGACGAUCCAGGGUGACUCGAACGGCGGCCUGCUGGUGGCGGCGUGCAUCAACCAGCGGCCGGAGCUCUUCGGCGCCGCCAUCGUGGAUAUCGGCGUCCUCGACUUGCUUCGCUUCCACAAGUUCACCAUCGGCCACGCGUGGGUGUCUGACUUUGGCAGCCCUGACGACCCUGAACACUUCCCCAACCUGCUGGCCAUCUCGCCGCUGCACAACGUCAAGUUGCCGUUGGAAGAAGACGUACCGAGGCAGUAUCCGGCCACGCUGCUGCUCACCGCCGACUACGACGACCGCGUCCUGCCCCUCCACUCUCUCAAGUUCAUCGCCCAGCUGCAGCACACCCUGCGCAACCACCCUGCCCAGACGAAUCCGCUGCUCAUCAAGGUAGAGACCAAGGCUGGACAUGGCAGCGGCAAGCCCAUUACCAAAUGGAUUGAAGAGCAAACGGACAUUCUCUCAUUCAUCGAGCGUUCUCUGAACAUCCAGUGCGUUUUCUGA